ACUGCAGAGUGGCAAAAACGACAGCAUCUCGUGAAGAUGCUGGCAAUAUUAAAAGGCAGAGAUCUACGAGGGUAACUCGCAGUCGUCGGUACAAUUUUAAAUACCUUACAUCUCUAUAAUCCAUCAAACAAGGACAUGGACACUCUCUCUAGCGCAGAAAGAUUGGAGGAAUCAUCUUUUCUCAGUCCUCAGCAAUCUUCCGGCCCAGACAAACCGACGAUGGCUUUAUUUAACAGCAAAAACUUGAACGAUCAAAAUGACGUGAUAAACUUUGUGAAGAUGUGCCAACAAAAGUGCAAGAGCGAAUUGCCAGAGGAUUUCGACUUGUGGCCGAUCGAUCAGCAACUCGACCACCUUACGAGCAACGUCGACAAAUAUUUCCCGAAUAUACCCGCGUCACUGAGAUUUAUCCUACCUUCAGUGUUCAAGAGUCAAGACUAUGAACAAUCUGUGAGCGAAAAGCCAGACUGGCUCGACAUGGCCAAAUUCCGUCGCGGCCAGGCGUUCGCACUGCGUUAUUUCAACGGAAUCUGCCUGGCCCAUAUGAUAUCUCUGUUUGAAGUGUUUACUUUCGUCGACGGGAUGAAGACUUUGAUUCUCAGCCAGAAGUCCAAUACACCGUAUAAAGCCAGCCAGCGGUACAUGUCAACCACAAUUCGCGUGAAACACUGGUACGAGGAGGAUCCAUGGGACCCAAAGACGCGGGCUCACCAAGAUAUACAGGCGGUGCGCAAAAUGCACCUGGCGAUGAGACGAAAGCUCUGCAGUUAUGAUUACAAUCAGAUCGACGAGAACUCUAAGAUCCCGUACGCCUUCUGCCCGAUGCUAAAGACGUUCACAGAGGACUUGAGAGACUCAUGUUCGGAGACGAAAGACCUUCAGUGUCCGUACACGAUGAUGCGAACUAAAGGUAUCAACCAAGGCGAAAUGUCGGGCACGCAGUUCGCCUACGUAGGUCUGAUAGUGCUCUAUCCAAAGAAGUUCGGGAUACACCACGUCAGCGACCACGACCUGGACGCCUUUUGCCACCUGUGGCGCGCGAUCGGCUAUUUGUUGGGUAUCGAGGAUCGUCACAACUUUUGCCAAGGCAGCCUGCAAGACGUGCAAAGACGCUCUAGAGACUUCAUCGAGUACUGGCUGAAGCCGAACCUGCAUACAGUGACGCCUGAGUGGGAGCACAUGUCCAUGUGUGUCUUCAAAGGUAUGCGCUACUAUAUACCGAUGACUUCUUACAAGGUGUACCUGCUCUACUUGUGUGAUAUUUUGGACUUGAAGAUGCCGCGCUUGCAUAAGUAUUUGAGCUGGUUGGAGAACGUAGUAUAUGUAUUUUAUAAAUUUCUAUUCGAUUACGCAACGAUGUUGCCGUUCAUUACCAAUGUCCUGAAUGUGUAUAUGUGCGCGCGUCUGAAUUUGGCGGAGAACUACGGACCGAAACGGAACUUUGGAGCGAAAGAGUAUAACAAAUCCUACGAAAGAAAAUUACAUGAAACAGUAAAAUUCCAUAAGUCGAUGUGACUUUCAACAAAUAAAUAACCAAACGAUUAAUUGUGUAAGUCAUUAUGUAAUUUAUAAUGGUUAAUAUCGUUAAUUGUUGUUAAUUUGUGUUAUUAUUAUUACUUAAUAUAUA